AUGUUUCAAUGCAAGAUUUCAAUUAGUAUCAUUAGUAGUUAUUGUUAUGUUUCAUUACUACCAACGAUUUUUGACCUGUUUAAUCUACAACUGGAAUUCAAGACGCUCACUAUUGCACUUAAUGGGUCAAGAGAUCAAAAAUUGUUGUGGAACCAGAUAUCCGAUAAAUUUGGACUGGCUGAGAAUCUUUCAAUCACGUCUGUUGAUAAUCUUGGUUUUAAACCAGUUUUCGCUUCAUGGCCACAUAAUGUUGAUAUUCCAUGUUCCGCUUGGUUCACUCUGGAAUAUCUUUUGGCGUGUACUUGCACUAAAAUUAAACUCGGAAAGUCUUAUUUUGGAAACAGGGAUUUGGAUGAGAUUCUUCGGAAGUGGAAGACUGGAUGA